AUGAAGUUCAUCCCACUCACUGCUGCUGCGGCAAGCCUUGCCUACGCGGAAGAAUAUGUUCGUUGCAAGACCGAGCCAACGGCUGAGAAGAUUUCUAUGCUCAACGAAGCUGCUUCCAACGCAAGCGCAGCAAGCAGCGAGGCACUCUUCAGCAUCGCAGCCCUUCGCAACGUCGACACAUAUGUGCACGUUGUCACUACAUCCGCCAAGGCUGGUCGAUAUAGCCAGGCUCAGGUCAAUGAGCAGAUCUCUGCCAUGAACAAUGCCUACGCACCCCUAAACGUGGCGUUCAACCUAGUCGAUACCGACUUCACGACCAACAACGCCUGGGCCGCAGCCGGCGAUAGCAGUAGCGCUGAGCUUGCCAUGAAGCGAGCUCUCCACCAGGGCUCAUACGCAGACUUGAACCUUUACUUCCUCUCUGACCUCGGUGGAGGUCUGCUCGGAUUCUGCUACUUCCCAGAAGCCUCCCCAUCUUCCCAAGACCUCAUCCUCGACGGCUGCGUCAACCUCGCGGACUCCCUUCCCAAUGGCUCAGCAACCAAUUACGACGAGGGUGCCACUGCCAUCCACGAGACCGGACACUGGUUCGGUCUCUACCAUGUCUUCCAAGGCUCGUCGUGCUCCGGCUCCGGCGACUUCGUCUCCGACACUCCGAUCCAGCGAACUGCCACGAGCGGUUGCCCCAGCAGACAGGACUCGUGCCCGAACGCUGCUGGUGUGGAUAGCAUCCACAACUGGAUGGACUACUCUUACGACGCUUGUAUGUAUGAGUUCACCGCGGGCCAGGUCACUCGCGCAGCGGGUCUGUACGAUCAGCUUAGAGCUGGCAAAUAG